AUGGUGUUAUUUGAAGUUAAAGGAUGGGAUUUGAAAAAUAAUAAUAAAAUCAAAGUAGGUGGAUUACCUGAAAAAAAGAAUAAAAACAAGAAUAAGAAUAAGAACAAAAGAGAACCGAAACAAAUUGAUAAUGGUUCAAAUAUAACAAAUAAUGAAACCAAUGCAAAACCAUCGAAAUCUGAUAAAGAUAAUUCAAAUCCAAAAAAGGAUAAAAAGAGAAAACAUGAAAAUGAAGAACAACAGCCAGCCGAAGAUCAACAUAAACUGUCUAACAAACAAUCAAAGAAGCAAAAGAAAACCAAUCGGACGGACUCAAAUGAAAUAAAGAAUCAAUCUAGUGACCAAUCAUUAACAAAUUCAUUUAUAUCAUCAAAUAAAAAAUUGACUCCAUUACAACAAAAAAUGAUGGCCAAAUUAUCUGGAUCAAGAUUCCGUUGGAUAAAUGAACAAUUAUAUACUAUAAGUUCAGAAGAAGCAUUAAAAUUAGUUAAAGAUACUCCAUCAUUAUUUGAUGAAUAUCAUCAAGGUUUUAAUCAACAAGUUGCUUCAUGGCCAGAAAAUCCUGUUGAUGUAUUUGUUGAUCAAAUUAAAACUAGAGGUAAAAAUAGACCUGUUAAUGCACCUGGAGGAUUACCUGGUUUACAAAAUAAACAAGUUGUUAUUGCUGAUAUGGGAUGUGGAGAAGCACAAUUGAGCCUUGAUGUUACUAAUUUUGUUAAUAAUUAUAAUAAACCCCAGAAAAAGAAUAAGAAAUAUUUCAAAGGGUUGGAUAUUAAAGUUCAUAGUUUUGAUUUAAAAAAACAAAAUGAUAGAAUUACAGUUGCUGAUAUUAAAAAUGUUCCAUUACCUGAUGAAUCAUGUUCUAUAGUUAUAUUUUGUUUAUCAUUAAUGGGUACUAAUUUCUUAGAUUUUAUUAAAGAAGCAUGGAGAAUUUUAAUACCUAGAGGGGAAAUAUGGAUAGCAGAAAUUAAAUCACGAUUUAGUGAAAGUGGUGAAGUCAAAAAUCAAAAUGAAGAAUUAAUUGGUGAAGAAUUUGUUAAUUCUUUGAAAGCAUUUGGAUUAUUUCAUAAACUGACCGAUAAUUCUAAUAAAAUGUUUACUAGAUUUGAAUUUUUUAAACCACCACCAGAUAUUUUACGUGAACGUCAAUUGAAAUUGGAGAAAAAGAAAAAGAAAUUUAUUGAAGAAGAUGAUGAUAGAACUGAUAUUGAAAAAUUGGAAAGUAAAAGAUCGGAAAAAGCUGAAGGAGAAUGGUUAUUAAAACCUUGUAUAUAUAAAAGGAGGUAA